AUGGCGUCAAUAGCCCCCCCCAACCAGGAGCCCAAGUGGGCGGCCGCCAUCUCGCCGCCCACCAUCGGCCCGGGCGGUACAGCCUCGCUCAUCUGCUCCACCGCCAUCGCCGCACCACCGUCGACAUGCGCCGAAGUGGUGCUAGACACGACGGCAUAUUCGGCCUGGAACCGAUGGAUUCCCGAGGCGCCCAUCCAGACCCCGUCCAAGGCCGCCGCCACCUUGACGCCGGCGUCCCUGCGCCACCUCGCCGCGAAGCCGGAGCAGAUGCUGCUCGCCGGCACCGAGUUCACCUUCCAAGUGCACAUGGACCCGGACGCUGCCAGCUACGACAACACCGAGCUGGUCGUCUCCUUGCUCGAAGAGUUCGAGCGCGACGGCCGCCGGGGUCUGCGCGUGGCCUGGAAGACGCGUGGCGACCCGUGGUAUCUCAGGGCUGAGCGCACGCAGGAGUUCGUCGAGAACGGCGAGGGUGGCACCGACUACACCUGCUUCGAGACCUUCCAGGGCCCGGCGGCUUGGCUGGUGAAGCUGGCGGUGGGAGCCAAGCUGGUGCAGGGCUUCGGCCUGUGGAUGACGGGGCUGAAGAAGGCGGCCGAGGAGAAAGCGCAGCAUGCUGGGCAUUAG